CUGCUUCCUCUGAGGACUCCUGGGGCACCUGCUGCCUUGGGUGUUGUGCCAUGGGCUGCUUUGCCUUUCCAUAUUCAAAGGAAGAAGGAUAGGAGCAAGCUGCUUCACCUCUUGGAGCCUGUGUUUCCUCCUCUGUAGAGAGGUGAUGGGAGACUCAAAGCAUAGGAGUCUUGUCUUUCCCUCAGGUGGCCCUCUGUGCCUGCCCUGGGGCUGGACUUGGCUCCUGGCCUUGAAAAUCUAAUGGUGGGUUCUGCCCCUCCUCAUUUGGUGGUCAUUACACUUCCCAUGGGCCUGAUAGACAGCUGCGCCCAUGCGUCUAAGGUCAGGUUCACCCUCCCCGUCCCCUCUGCCUUCCCCCAGAGGUCCUUGCCUUGGGCUCUGCAGAGAGUGAAGCUAGCAGGGUCUUUCUACCCUUACCUACGUGUCAAUAUGGCCACUAUCAUUGUGGAGAGAGGGAGAUGGUGUGGGUGUAUUCCUCUAGCAGAGAGACCCCAACUCUAUUUCUAGUAAGGUGGAGGAGUCCUUUUCCUGAGGGUUGGAGAUGCAUGGGUGUUGGCAUGGGCUGAGAGUUUAGACAGCUUACUGCUGGGCUCCAGUCCGUCAGCUCUGCCCUCUCUUCCCCCUUCAGCUGGUUCCCUCCUUUCUUUGAAUCAAGGCUAGGAUGUGGGGCUUUCAGUUGGAGCUGUCCCUUUAAAUCUCUGGGUUAGUGUCCUAGUGUGUAAUCCUGCUUGCUGCCAUGGCAACCAUGGGUGUGCUGUGACCUGGUGUCACUCCUCAGGGAAUGGCAGUCUGGUGGCAGCAGCAGCGCCUAGUGGUGGUUUCAUGGGUACAGGGUCUCAGAGGAAUGAAUGGUGGCUCUGGGCUGGGGUAACUUUCAAAUCCCCAUCCACCCCCUCCCCCCCGGCCCCCCUGGUCUCUGCAGCGUGAAUGCUCCCUCACCUUUUCCCUUCCCCAACCCCAAGAUGCCUGACUUGCCCACGGGCAUCACCCCCUUAAGCAAGGGGGAGCGCAACUGGGAGAUGGGGAGGGAGAAGCUGCUGCUGAGAUGUGGGGUCAGAGGGCUUGGGGCGCCCUUCCCUGCCCACAGUGGUGUCACCCCUUUCCCUCCUUCUUCUCCCCCUCACCGCUUCAUGGCUAGCAGCUGGGGGAGGCAUUUGGGGCUUGAGGUAUUUGUCCCAUGCCACAGUGGUGCCGCAGCCUCCUGGCGGAGGACCGAGAGUCAUUCUUGGUGGCUUCCUUAGAUCCGGAGGGGGUCAUUGUAAAGGAAACUGGGCUUGGAGAGGGGACUGAGAGGAGAGGUCGGAAGGCUCAAGAGGAGGUGGCAUGGAGUGUAAUAGAGGAGGGACUUGCAGGAGGCGGGGCGAGAACAAGAUGGGGCCAAGUCCCCACCCACCUUGGGUUUCUCACGGCUGGGCUGGGAGGGGAGGGUCUCUGAGCACCGCUCCCGUCCUGAAGGGGCUGCACGCUUAACCCCUUCCCCCUGCAAACCUUCUCUCAGCCGCCUCCUUCCCUUUUAGUGGUAGGUACUAAAACUGGGGGAUCCUGCCACCCAUGGGACAAGGACCCUCCCACCGCCCCUUCCCCGCCUCUCUGCUACAGUCGGGGCUUUGGCCAAUCAGCAAGGCGGUCAGACAGCUGAGCCUUGCUAUUGGCUGACCCUGCAGCGGGCGCUCUCUGAGUCCCGCCUCCUCCAGCGCUGCCAGCCUCUGACUGGGAAGGCGGCGGCGGCGUGGAGGCUACUCCGGGAACCCUGGGCCGGGUCGGGGGCAGCCAUGGCCGGCAGCCCGGGCUGCGGGGCCUCUUUGGAGGGUAUAUCCCUGGGCUCCUCUGAGGAAGCCGAGCUCCGGAGGGAAGCCAUGCAGCAAGUCCUGGACAACCUGGGAUCCCUCCCCAAUGCCACAGGGGCAGCCGAACUGGACCUGAUCUUCCUUCGAGGCAUUAUGGAAAGUCCUAUAGUGAGAUCCCUGGCCAAGGCCCACGAGCGGCUGGAGGAGACGAAGCUGGAGGCCGUGCGGGACAACAACCUAGAGCUGGUGCGGGAGAUCCUGCGGGACCUGGCGCGGCUGGCCGAGCGGAGCAGCGCGGCGGCGGAGCUGGUCCGCAUCCUCCAGGAGCCCCACUUCCAGUCCCUCCUGGAGACGCACGACUCUGUGGCCUCAAAGACCUAUGAGACACCGCCCCCCAGCCCUGGCCUGGACCCCACGUUCAGCAACCAGCCCGUGCCUCCUGACGCAGUGCGCAUGGUGGGCGUCCGCAAGACGGCUGGAGAGCAUCUGGGCGUGACAUUCCGCGUGGAGGGUGGCGAGUUGGUGAUCGCACGCAUUCUGCACGGGGGCAUGGUGGCUCAGCAAGGCCUACUGCACGUGGGCGACAUCAUCAAGGAGGUGAACGGGCAGCCGGUGGGCAGCGACCCCCGCGCGCUGCAGGAGCUCCUGCGCAACGCCAGCGGCAGCGUUAUCCUCAAGAUCCUGCCCAGCUACCAGGAGCCCCAUCUGCCCCGCCAGGUAUUUGUGAAAUGCCACUUUGACUAUGACCCAGCCAGAGACAGCCUUAUCCCCUGCAAGGAAGCCGGCCUGCGCUUCAAUGCUGGGGACCUGCUUCAGAUUGUAAACCAGGACGACGCCAACUGGUGGCAGGCGUGCCACGUAGAAGGGGGCAGCGCUGGGCUCAUCCCCAGUCAGCUCCUAGAGGAGAAGCGGAAAGCCUUUGUCAAGCGGGACCUGGAGCUGACACCCACCUCAGGGACCCUGUGCGGCAGCAUUUCAGGAAAGAAAAAGAAGCGAAUGAUGUAUUUGACCACCAAGAAUGCAGAGUUUGACCGCCAUGAGUUGCUCAUUUAUGAGGAGGUGGCCCGCAUGCCCCCCUUCCGCCGGAAAACCCUGGUGCUCAUCGGGGCUCAGGGUGUGGGCCGGCGCAGCCUGAAGAACAGACUCAUCAUGUGGGAUCCGGAUCGCUAUGGCACCACAGUGCCCUACACGUCCCGGAGGCCCAAGGACUCAGAACGGGAAGGCCAGGGUUACAGCUUUGUGUCCCGUGCGGAGAUGGAGGCUGACAUCCGUGCUGGGCGAUACCUGGAACAUGGUGAAUACGAGGGCAACCUGUAUGGCACACGUAUCGACUCCAUCCGGGGCGUGGUCGCUGCUGGCCGGGUGUGUGUGCUGGAUGUCAACCCCCAGGCAGUGAAGGUCCUGAGAACAGCUGAGUUUGUCCCUUAUGUGGUGUUCAUUGAGGCCCCUGACUUUGAGACCCUGCGAGCCAUGAACCGGACGGCGCUGGAGAGUGGGGUGUCCACCAAGCAGCUCACGGAGGCGGACCUGAGACGGACAGUGGAGGAGAGCAGCCGUAUCCAGAGGGGCUACGGGCAUUACUUCGACCUCAGUCUGGUCAAUAGGAACCUGGAGAGGACCUUCCGUGAACUCCAGGCCGCCCUGGAGAAGCUGCGCACGGAGCCCCAGUGGGUGCCCGUCAGCUGGGUGUACUGAGCCUGUUCUCCUGGACCUCGGCCCUCUGGGUUGGGACCCAGAACCCUGAAUCCGUCCCCUUCCCAACCGUGAGCCCCAGCCAUGAUCCUCAGCUCCCGUUCCCGGCGCUCUGGCUCUCCCUGGGUCAUGGCCCUAAGUCUGGCUUCAGCGCAGGAGGCGUGCACUGCCAGGGAGGUGGGUGUUCGUGGGGCACGUCUGUGCCCAGGUGCUACCCACUCCCGACGUUCAUUGGCCACCAGAUGUCCCUCGCUGAGGGCCGAGCCGUGCCCCGGAGUGUCGGAGUCGCCUCCAUAAUGCUCAGUCCAGAGAAGAGAAAAGCUGCUUUGGGACCAGGUGGUCAGUAGGUACGCUGCCCCCACCCCUCUCGCCAGUCAGUUUUUCUCCUCUGGACUGGCCACCCUGACCCCACUCCUGGGCUGCUCCUACUUCUCGCCCCUGCAGCCUAGGGGCAGGCCUUAGGCUGGUUCCCUGUGGCCAGGGGGCUACGUUGCCCCCUGGCAGCUAGGCAAGCCCAGGUGCGGUGCCAGCCUGGUACCAUCCCGAAGGCUGGAGGAGCCGAAGCACCAGCCAGUUGCCGCACCAGGGAGCAGCGCGGUUCUCUGCCCCCUCGGAACGGGGCUGGCUCCCGUCCUUCCCUCACGCACAGCUUUUCACUGCCGAAGUCUCUCCACAGACUUCUCCGAUGUGCCCCUGACAGGCCAGCUCUGCUCCCCGCAGGGCAAGGGCGGCAGGGGCUGCGGGCUCAGCCCAGGCGGGGGUGGGCUGGAGGCCGAGCCCUGUGACGAGGAGCCUGACGGGAAGCUCCCAGCCCUCCGUGGCCCGUGGUGGGGACGUGUCUGGGCUCCCUGUCCGUGGUCAGUGUCCAUUUUGGUCUCUGUGGCCGGGUCCAGGUGCCCACUCACAUGAAGGCGGCCUGGGGGCUGGGGAAAGGGGAGGGCUGGGCCACGGGGCAUGGCCUUGGAGGAUGUUUGCACCCCAGCAGACUCCCCGCACACCUCCACGGGGCGUCAUCCACCCUGGAGUCGCCACAGCUUAUGGUUCCGCAGGCUGCAGUGCCUGGUCUGUGUUCUGCCACUGGCGUGUGUGUCAGGCUGAGUUUUUGGAGAGGGGAAGCAAAGGGUUGUUGAGCUUUGGAGGUCACUCUUCGGGGCCCCGUUUCCGGGCUCCCCAUCAGCCCCCCAUUUCUUAUGAGACCCUUAUCCCAGAUUCCAGAGGCUCGGCCUUCCCCAGAUGUCUCCCUCCACUCUCCUGUUGUUCCCCGACCCUAAAUGCCACCCUCCAGUCCUUGAGGAGGGCAGCUGUGUAAAAUAGGAGAAUCCCUUUUUUAAAAAGUCUGCUGUCCUUGACUUCCCCAGACGUCCCUGUGGCCCCUCCUGGGGUGAACCUGUCCUUGUAGGGGACCCCCCAUGACCCCACCCCCAGCCUUUGUGCUCCCCAGUUCUUCUGUCUAAUCAGUCUUCGCUGCAGUGUCAGCCACGCUGGCCCCUGAACCACUGUGUGCCCAUUUCCUAGGGAAGGGGAGGGAGAAGAAACAGAAUAUUUAUUACAAAGUCAGAAGUAUAUUUAUUAUAUUAGGGAUCUCAUUUGCAUUUGCCUAGGAUAUGCAAAUGAGAUGUAAAGGUCAAGUCUGCUUCCAUCUCAUUUGCAUAGCUCUGCCUCCACUAUGCAGUCAGCUUUAUGUUCCUCUUUUCCCUUUAGUCAGUGUUCUUUUAAUUUAUCCUCAAUUCAGCUCUCUCUUGCUUCACCCUCACCCUCAACCCAAGGGGACUGGGAGUGGGAGGAGAAUGGGGUGUUCUCGCGCUGGCCCAGGGCCAUGGGGUUCUUUGUUCAUACCCACGUCACCCAGGAGACUUGGGAAUAGAGACAGCUACCCCCUCCCCCUUGGUUAGCCUCCAAAGCACUCUGAUUAGAAGACCAUUCUCUGAUGGGAGGUGCGGCUGGGCACCUUGCUGAAGGAUUGGCACAUGGCCCUUGAGGGUGAAGCUCCAGUUACUGUCUGGCACCUUCACUUCUGGUGAUGCCUGUGGGUUGGGCCCCUCCCUUCCCGUCUCUAUUCCUCUCUGAACAGCAUUCUACCUCCCCUGCCUUAGCUGUACUCCGGGGACCCGUACUGGGUUGGAAUGGAUGUGUGUGCCCACCGCGUUAGCCCUCAGGCUCCAGCCUCCCUCUUCCCACUGUGGACGCUUGUAUUGAGGAACCUCAGGAUUAUGGGACCCUGCCGCCCCGUCCACACUCAGUCCCAGCCCAGCUGUGCUUCUCCUGUCCCCUCUCUCAGCCAUCCAGUUCUUGAGCUUUCUCUCUGAUUGGCUUUCUUUUCCUUUGAUUAAAUGUGAAAGCAAAGCUUC